AUGUCAUCUGCUGGUGUAAAUAUCGAUAAAUCAUUAGAACUUAUUCAAAAAACAUAUAAUUUACAAAUAACGACAACAACAACAACAAACAAUUAUGAAAUAACUUCUCAAAUCCAUUCAUCUAAUGUUAAAGUAUCGACUCACCAACCAUUAAGAAAAACGUCUGUUCAUGAUAUACAUGAAGUGACCAAACAUGAUCUUCAAAAGAUAUUUGGAGAAAUUCAAGAUAAUCUUUCACGUUUAAAAGGUUUAUUAGAAACAAUGAAUUCUGUUGAAAUGAUUCGCGAUGAUUUUUUUAAAUUAAAAGAACAAUUAUUUAAUAAAGUAACUGAUUUUAUUUAUAAAUUAGCUAAUGAAACAGGAAAAAGAGGAUCAAUAAUAUCAAAAGGAAGUUCAUCAACAUUAUCAUCUAAUUAUCCUCAAAAUCUUGUCUAUUGUAUUGAAUAUUUUCGUAAUGAACUUGCCAAAGCUGAAUAUUUAUUUUCUUCAUUAACAUUAUCAGCUGCCAUCGGUUCAGCUACUUUAGAUAAUAUUAAUAUCCAAUCAUUUUCAAUAUCAAAUAUUGAUCAAAAACCUGAAAAUAAUCAAGAUAUGAAAAUUUUUCAAGAUUUAAUACAAAUAAAAAAAGAUAUAUCUACUUUAGAAGAGCAUGCAUAUGUAUUGAAUCAACGUUAUUAUAGUCAAAUACCUGAUUGGCAUGAAUUAGAUGAUACAUUAAACAAAGGUGUAACUACAUCGGGAACAUUAAUUGAUUCAAAUCGAUUGAAUACAAAUCGUUUGAGAAUUGAUGAAUUUAAUAAAAAGUUUUCUGCAAGAUCUUCAAUAGCAUCAAAUGAAAAUUCAAGUUUUUGUGCUAAUUUUUAUCAAAAAUGUCAAAUUAUAUGUUGCAUCUGUAGACCAAAUUAUUUAUAA